AUGAGCUCACCGUCCUCCUCCAAAGGCAAGAAGAAGCAGCCACAGGCUGGGGAGAGCUCCGCUGCGGGCAGCGGGCGGUUCCUGGGUGUCCGGCGGCGCCCCUGGGGCCGGUACGCGGCCGAGAUAAGGGACCCCUCGACCAAGGAGCGGCACUGGCUCGGCACCUUCGACACGGCCGAGGAAGCAGCCCUGGCCUACGACCGGGCCGCCCGCUCGAUGCGCGGCUCGCGCGCCCGCACCAACUUCGUGUACUCCGACAUGCCCGCCGGCUCCUCCGUGACCUCCAUCCUCUCCCCCGACGAGCCCCAGCAGCAGAACUUCUCCCCCAUGUUUGCCAACUCGGCGCCCCGCCCCGGCCCGACCCCGCAGCUGGGCCCGGCCACCGAAUGCCACUACUCGUCGGGCGGGUACCCCGAGAACGCCUGGUCAGCUUCCGCGUACUACAGCCAACAUGCUGAGGCCACCCCCUACGGCAGCAGCGAAGCCUAUUCUCAAAGCCACUAUGACAAUGUGGAGCUCCCUCCCCUGCCUUCCGACCUGUCGGGCUACUCAGGCUCCUCGGUCUCGGAAACCUCGAACUACGGCUACGGAGACACGGAUCAGGGGACCUGGGGCGACGGCAGCAACAGCUCCGCGGAUUUCCACGACCCCGCCGCGGCAUCCAGCGGGCUUAGCUCGGGAGGGAACGGACCGUACUUCGGCUUUGAAGCCACGGAGGAGUACGUGCACAGCCCGCUCUUUAGCAGGAUGCCGCCGGUUUCUGACUCCGUCCCGGAUAGUUUCAACUUGGGCGGCUCUUAUUUCUUCUGA